UUCGUACUGUAUAUUCAUACCUUAUAUUAAUUGGUUGCUGUAGUGACUGAAACAAAUAUACAGUUUUGUCCGUUGUUUUUGAAAAGUGAUUUUUUCUUGACAUCCUCUUGUCACUUUUUAUGUCAUUUAUACAUUUACAAUUAUUUUCAAAGACAUGGACAAUGUAAACCUUUAUCUAAGCAAUUGAGGAGUAUAAGUUUCCCCCAUUCAUGUCAGUUGUUGCACAAAAUAACCGUUUGGCCAGCCCGCUUUCCUCCCCCACUUCGCGCGAUUCCGCAGACGAAAAUAGCGUCGUGAGAAAAAUCAUAAAUUCCGCAGUCUAUGUAGAAAAAUCUUUGCCCGAAAUGCAGCCCUGCGCCCCAUCCUAUAACUGUUACGUCUCGCGGCCUAAAUCUUCUUACGCGCCCAAAAAGACCGUGAGAUGUUGUUGCGGUUCGAACCCAACUCAAUGUCCGUGCCAUCCCGUCUUCGAUAGCGAAUCCCUCGAAUUGCAGCCAACGAAAAAACCGGAACAAAUGAACGGUCACACUAAAACACUGAACACCGUCAAAUCGUGCACUUGCGCCUCCGAUUAUUAUAAUUGUACAACGCACAAUAACUGCGACAGCGGUCGUAGAACAUCCAUAUCAGACACCGAAUCCUCCCAAUAUUGCGACACAUUCAGAAUCGACUCCGAAACACACGCCCCAAUCAACGAAGACACUUCAAAUCCUACCGCGAGAGAAGAUGACUUACUCCCACUAACGAUGUCCAGCACAAGUGACUCGGGAACUUUAACACCCCGCGUUAUUACGGAUGAUCUUUACGCAACACAAUCGCUGAGCAAUUUCAUCACACGCGACGAAGAGUUCCCAGCUGCGUACAAUGAUAAGUACGAACGUGCUGCCACUGCUUCUAUCAGUGAUAAAUGCAGUGUUGUGACGGUGAGAGAGAACGACUACUGCGAUGACGAUCUGCAUCUAUCCUGGUCGUCUCUGUCGCAGAACAACUACAUUGAUUCGGAAGAGAAGGAAUUGAUAGUGAAGAGUUGGUUGGCGAAGAAAGAGAAGGAGCGCAAAAGGAAGCUGCUCAGGCAGCAGAGACAGAAGGAAGAGGAGCAACGUCGCAGACAAGAUAUGAUUGAGAGGGAGAGAGAAAAUUUCCGUCAGUGGCUAAUGGAGAAGAAGAGGGAGGAGAUUAAGGUAAAGAACGAGAUUAAAAAAAAGGCGGAGGAGGAAAGGCAGAAGCAGGAAGAGAAGGAGAAGAAACAAGUGGAGAAUGAGUUAAUGUAUAAAUUGUGGUUGCAACGAAAGAAACGGGACGAACUAGAGAAAAAGAUAAAAGAGAAAAUCAACGAGUUAGAUGUUCUGCAAGACAAAGAGAAACGAAAGGAGGAGAACAAAUUGGCUUUUGAUGAGUGGUUGAAGAACUCCAGGACCAAACCGAAACCAAUACGAAUGAACCAAGGCCUUAAAAGUUUGUGCUUAUCAGCCUCCGUUACAUAUAUAAAUCCCGUACCGUGGACUCCAAAUAUUGACGAAGACUUAACUGAUUAAAUAUAUAAAUUUUUAUACUAAUUGUUGACCUGCAAAAUUUCCACUUAUUGAUUAAAUUACAUCUCAAUUUGUGGAUAUGUUGUAGUAUACAUAAAUAUAAUAUAAUAAAGUAUAUAAUAUAAUUUUAA